CGGGGGGACGGCACAUAAAGGAGGUUGGAGGGGCUGGAGGGCCCACAGCCUGCGCUGCGAGCCAAAUAGCUAGACGCACGGGGCGCGAUACAUUGAGGGGCGCAGUCUCGGAACGGACCGGGGGUUAUGGGAAGGACUGUGGCAUAGGGGCGGGCUCGGGAUUCAAAAAAAGACUCGCAUGUAGUGGGGACAGGUCAGCACCUUGGAGACGGAUGAUGACCGCCUCUGGCUCCGUUCUUCCAAGGCUCGCCGAAGGGAAGGUGCGCCUGCUGUGGCCGAAAUUUGUGUGAUCUGGACAGUGCUGUGAAGGAGAUGCGUGCAGCACCCAGCACCCUCAGAUGGCACCAAAAACCAAGAAAGGUUUGAAAGGCUCCAUUGAUGAUGUCCUUGGUGACCUCCUGGGUGAUGACUUGAUACUCCCGGAGAAGCCUACUGAACCAGUUCCUUACAAUAGAGAUGCCACAAAUGUACCUCAGAAGCUCGACUCUUCAAAGGCUAGAGGAAGGUCCUUCCGGGAAGAUGAAGACUUUGACACUCUGGGAGGCGUGGCAGGAGCUGAUGCUGAGGUUUCUGACAUCUCAGAUCCAGACCCACAGGCCUUGCUACAGGCCAUAAAGGAUCUGGACGACAUGGAUGCCGACCUCCUGGGGCUGAAGAAGUCUCCAGCCUCUGACAAAAGAGCGGCAAAGGGUUCUGGGAAAGAAGAGCUGCCUUGUGACCCCAAACCUGCUGGCAAGUUAACAGCCGAUGAGAAAGGGGACACCAGUCCCACCAGAAAGCCAUCUCCCUCUCCCAGCAGUUUUGGGCAUCAGUACAGGAGGUUUUCUUUUGAAGACUUGGAAGACCCAUUAGCAAGACUUCUCUCUGAUGAUGAGGAAGGAAUUGCAAAGAAGCCACCAGUGACAGAGAGUAAAACGGCCUCCGAUAAGAACCUCAGCACAGUCAGAGACCCAGGUCCUUCUGUUCCUCUCACUCCUGGGGACACCCCUGUCCGAAAGAAAGAGGAAUUGCUGUUCGAUGAUGGGGAUGACAUCAUGGCCACCCUGGGGUUUGGAGACAGCCCCACGGCGGAGAGGAGGCGGACGGGAGACCAGGAAGGGCCCCGGCCUGCUCGCUCCAAGCUGGAUGAGCUUCUGGGUCGAGGCACAGCCACCAAACUCCUGGCUCGCCCAGGAGCUGGGGAACACAGGGAGUUCAAGGUGGACAAGAAGUGCCAGAGGUCACAGGACAAAGAAGACACUUGGGACGACGAAAUCCUCACCUUUGGGGCCUACCAGCCCACCUUGGGCUCCUCCGAGGGCCGGCAGUCCCGCCGACAGUCUGUCAGCAGAUUCUUAGCAGAAGGUGGCCCAGACCCCAAGGGAGAGCUGGGCUCCAAAUGGAGCCCUCCAGCAGCCUCUAGCCCCAUCCACCCCAGAAAGGGAGGAGCUGACUGGUUGGGCCUCAAGGAUGAAGACUUGGACCUGCUCCCUCCCUCUCCCACCCAAGAGGCCCGAGGAGGAGACUCAGCGAUAUCUCCACCCUCCAUUCCCCCUCCUGGGAGCCAGCACUCGGCCUCAGGCCUGCAUUCUACCCCUCCUGGGCCGCCCUCCUCAGGGGCAAAGCUACCAGCUGAGGAUGCCAUGUCCCCUGUCAAAUCCAGCCAUGCUUCCAAGCUGGGAGCAUCCACAGAGAAAGAGGAGGAGGACUGGCUGAGCCACGUCUUAUCUCAGAAGAAGUCCCAGGGUCUGGCCAGAGAAGAGCGCACUGGAGCCUGCAAGGCCCUGAACCCGGUGGGCACAGCAAGCUCUGCCCCUUCUGGCAGCCAGCCCGUUGCCAGCAUUCAGGGGCUUGAGCAGGCAGCUUCUGGGAGGACCUUAGGAGGAGCAACAGCACGAGAAGCACUGGCCACCAGGCCUGACACUACAGGGUCUCCCACAAGUUGCAUCCAGGCCGCCUUGGCCCUCUCUGCAGGUGAUCUAAAGAGGAAAACAGCUUCUGCAGACCCUUUCUACACUGAGCCUGCAACUUGUUUCCUGAGCUCCCAAGAACCCACAGGGCUCCCUGUGCCUGUCCAGUCCCUGGUCUCAGAGUCCCUGGUACAAAAUCUGCUGCCAAGCACAGGAUACCAGAAGCCAUUGCUGGCAGCCCAGGCACAGCUUCAGAGCAACACUGAUCCACUCCAGGCUGAACUGCUGCAGUGCCAGGCCCGACUGGCAGAGCUGGAGGCCCAGGUGCGGAAGCUGGAGCUGGAGCGGGCUCAGCACAGGAUGUUGCUGGAGAGUUUGCAGCAGAGGCACCAGGCAGACCUGGAGCUCAUUGAGAGUGCGCACAGAAGCCGCAUCAAGAUGCUAGAGACAUCGUACCAGCAGCGAGAGGAGCGGCUCCGGAGAGAGAAUGAGGAACUGUCAGCCCAGUAUCUGUCCCACUGCCGUGAGGCUGAGCAAGCCCGCACUGAGCUCGCAGCACAGCACCAGCGCCGGUUGGCAGCAGCUGAGCAGGAGAAAGACCAGGAGAUGGAGAAGCUCCGGGAGCUGCAGCGGGCAUCCAUCCAGGAGAUGCGCAAGGACCAUGAGGAGCAGCUGCAGCGGCUGAAGCUGUUAAAGGACCGAGAGAUCGAUGCCGUCACCAGUGCCACCUCCCACACACGGUCCCUUAACGGCAUCAUCGAGCAGAUGGAGAAGUUCUCCAGCAGCCUGAACGAGCUGGCCUCCCGCGUGGAAGCCUCGCAGCUCACCACCUCGCAGGAGCGGGAGUUGGGCAUCCGGCAGCGAAACGAGGAGCUGCGAGUCCUGCAGGAGCGGCUGGGCCGCCAGCAGCGUGACAUGGAGGAGGAGCGUGGCCGGCUCCAGGAGGUCAUCGGGAAGAUGGAGGCACGCCUGAACGAGCAGAGCCGGCUCCUGGAGCAGGAACGCUGGCGAGUGAAUGCUGAGCAGUCCAAGGCGGAGUCCAUGCAGCGUGCCCUGGAGGAGCAGAGGAAGGUGAUGGUGCAGCAGAUCACCAUGGAGAGGGAAGAGCUGGAAAGGGCCAAGAGCGCCUUGCUGGAGGAGCAGAAAUCGGUCAUGCGUAAGUGUGGGGAGGAACGGCGGCGGCUGGCUGUGGAGUGGGCAGAGUUCUCCACACAGCAGAAGCUGAGUAAAGAGCGGGCCGAGCGUGAGGCGGAGCGGGCGCUGCAGGUGGACACCCAGCGGGAGGGCACCAUCAUCAGCCUGGCCAAGGAGCAGGCAGAAGUGAAGAUCAGGGCCAGCGAGCUCCGAGCCAAGGAAGCGCAGUUGGCGACAGACAGGGAAGCUGUGGAGCGAGAACGGCAGGAGCUGCAGCUGGAGAAGGAGAAGGUCAAGGCCACAACCCUGAGCCUGCAGCUCCGAGUUGAGGAGGUGGAGCACAUGCACAAGGUGGCCUCCAAGAAGUACGAGGAAGGUGAGCUUGCGCUGCACAAGGCAGCGCAGAUGCAGUCGGAGCAGCAGGCCAGGCUGCAGGUGGUGCAGCGGCAGCAGGAGCAGCUUCGUCAGCAGGAAGAGCACAUGCACCAGGAGCACCUGAGCCUGGCCCAGCAGAGGCUCCAGCUCGACCAUGUGCGACAUGACCUACCUUGCUACCCCCUGGAGCUUCCGCCCAGGGCCCAGGGCACAGCACCCUCCAUCCUUCGUGCUGCCUCUGCCUUUGUGGCUUCUGCUCCUGCUUCCCAUCAGCACAGCCAGCUGCUGGCCGGCCCUGGCCCCGCGCAGCUUCUUGCAAGGCUGGUGCUGCUGAAGCACACAGCUGAGCAGGACCGGGACUUCCUGGAGAAUGAACAGUUCUUCCUGGAGGCUCUAAAGAAAGCACCCUACAAUCUGACCUCCCACUUCGUCUGAGAAGGGCGGCUGUGCCCUCAGAGCAGCACCAACACCCAGCAGCUCUCCUGCCUCCAACAAGCCACCAGCUCCUCAGGCCACUUACAGCUCUUCAUGAAGACGGGGUACCAGCAUGUCCUCUCCGGGGCUGCGGCUUAUGCCUUGGGCUGUGGGCUGGAGCAGGAGGCCAGAGGAGUCAUGACCACCAAGGCUAGCUCAGAUGCCAGGCUGCCUGAGGUCCAAAGAGGCAGGGCCUCCCCCAGCCCGAUAGCUGUGCACCCUUCCCUGGUCUGCACGCGGCUGCAGUGAGUCCUUAUGCCUGGGCCUCUACCGAGGCGGAGCCUUUUCUCUAGGGAUGCCUUGAGCAGACUUCCAUCCCUCCCCAACAGGGACACAGAAGGCCCUCCUGGCCUCCUGGGAGGCCUGGUGGGGACAGGGAAGGGGCUGUGCCCAGCCAGAUUCCUCUACACCGUGCACUGGACUCCUGGGAUUCGGUUCCCCUCAAACCCCCUGCUCCCUCUGGCUUGCACAAAGCCCACCCCUCAUUUCCACACUGCCCAAGUGACCACUUGGCUCGGAUGAGCCCUGGCCCCUCCAGCUGCUGCUUCCUCCGCAUCCAGGCCCCAUCAGAGGGGAGCACAGCUGUGGCAGAGGCGGGUGUGGGGAGGGGCAGAGAAGGAAGCCAGCCGGAGCCUCUGCCCCAGAGGGGAAGAAGGUAAUGAUGGGGACCCGUGAGGGGCCACACACACCCAGGCUGCUGUUGGUCGUAUGGCUUUGCCAUCUACCAUGUGUGGGCUCUGUGCCAAGUCCAGUUAGAGGGGCGUCAGGAAAGGGGGCAGGUGAGCAGGAGGGCAGAAGGAGAAAGCACCCUGUGGGUGGGGUAGAAGUGGCACCAUUUGUAUCUCUCUGCCCUUCAGAAGAGCUCGCAGAGGGACCUGAGGUAUUUGCCAGCAGUUUACAGCUUUGGUGUCAGACACAUUAAACUGCUGUAUUCUUUUUGUA